AUGCCAGGCAGGGGUGAUAUGGGGGAGGGACAGCUGUCAGCAGCCAGCCUCAGCUCUCUCAGUUCAGAGCUCAGAAAGAUAUUUCUGGGGAGCAAGCAGGCAGGGCUCCAUGGAGGAGACAGCAUCUGGUGUGGGCCUUGAAGGUGAAUUCUGACAGGUGGGAGGAGGGCAAGCAGAGAGAGUGGUGGGCAACUGUCCACGGCUGGGGAGCGGCAGAUGUGCAGAUGGGGAGGCUGAGACCCUGGGCCUGGUUUUGCCUUCAGGAAGAAGGUGAGGCUGCAGAGGUCUUUUAGCGGGGAUGUGACCAUGGCAGUGUGUCUGGGCACUAAGCAGGAGUCAGAGGCCCGGACUUUCAUCCCGAUUUGGCCAGCACUGACCCUGUGACCACCUGGGAAAUGGUCCCGGGACUCCCUGAGGCUCUGGAACCUGGAGGGUGGUGGGUGGCCCAGUUUCAGGAAGCCAGCAUAGAUACGGCAUCCUUGGCUGAGAAUCCCUGGCAGUGCCUGGUCCCCAGAAACUAGGAGCAGGGACAGCCAACCAAGGGGCUCACACAGGAAGCAAGGGAGGUUUUGAGCCAGGCCUGCUCUUGUCUAUCCCUAACACUGUGCCCACUUUGCAGAUGAGGAAACCAAGGCUCGGAGGAUGAAGCUGGCAUUAGAACCCUGUUUUCUGACCCCAAGUCAGUGCUGUUUUCUCCUCCCUCCCACAUGCAGAGCUGGGCCUGGCCACACUGGAAAUGCUAGGCCUGGAGGUGGGCAGUGCCCAGUGGACAUGCUGUCCAGGAGUCCUUCUUUCACUGGGCAUUUGGUGUCACCGAGCCAGACUGCUACGGCAUGAUUGACGUCGACACCGGGAAGUCAACCGUGUUUGUGCCCAGGCUUCCUGCCAGCCAUGCCACCUGGAUGGGAAAGAUCCAUUCCAAGGAGCACUUCAAGAAGAAGUAUGCUGUGGAUGACGUCCAGUACACGGAUGAGAUUGCCCGUGUCCUGACAUCACAGAACCCCUCUGCCCUCCUUACUCUGCACGGCAUCAACACGGACAGCGGCAGUGUCUGCAGGGAGGCCUCCUUCGAGGACAUCAGCAAGUUCAAUGUCAAUAACACCAUUCUUCAUCCCGAGAUUGUGGAGUGCCGGGUAUUUAAGACAGACAUGGAGCUGGAAGUUUUGCGCUACACCAAUAAGAUCUCCAGUGAGGCACACCGGGAGGUAAUGAAGGCUGUAAAAGUGGGAAUGAAAGAAUAUGAGAUGGAAAGCCUCUUCGAGCACUACUGCUACUCCCGGGGCGGCAUGCGCCACAGCUCCUACACCUGCAUCUGCGGCAGUGGUGAGAACUCAGCCGUGCUGCACUAUGGGCACGCCGGGGCCCCCAACGACCGCACAAUCCAGGAUGGAGACAUGUGCCUCUUCGACAUGGGUGGUGAGUAUUACUGUUUCUCGUCUGACAUCACGUGCUCCUUUCCUGCCAAUGGCAAGUUCACCGAGGACCAAAAGGCCAUCUACGAGGCGGUACUGCGGAGCUGCCGCGCGGUCAUGAAUGCCAUGAAGCCAGGCGUCUGGUGGCCUGACAUGCACCGCCUGGCCGACCGCAUCCACCUGGAGGAGCUGGCCCGCAUCGGCCUCCUGAGCGGCAGUGUGGACGCCAUGGCCCAGGUCCACCUGGGAGCCGUGUUCAUGCCUCACGGGCUGGGCCACUUCCUGGGCAUUGACGUGCACGACGUGGGCGGCUACCCCCAGGGUGUGGAUCGCAUCGACGAGCCCGGCCUGCGGAAGCUGCGCACUGCACGGCACCUGGAGCCGGGCAUGGUGCUCACCGUGGAGCCGGGCAUUUACUUCAUUGACCACCUCCUGGACGAGGCCCUGGCAGACCCGACCCGUGCCUGCUUCUUCAACCGUGAGGUCCUGCAACGCUUCCGUGGUUUUGGUGGGGUCCGCAUCGAAGAGGAUGUCGUGGUGACAGACAGCGGCAUGGAGCUGCUGACCUGUGUGCCUCGCACCGUGGAGGAAAUUGAAGCAUGCAUGGCCGGCCGUGACAAGGCCUUUACCCCCUUCUCUGGCCCAAAGUAGAGCUGGCCGGGAGUACCCAGCAGGACUGGGGACUCGGCCUUGCACACCCUCUUGACACCAGUCAGCCUGCCGAUUGCCUGGCCCUCCUGUGGCAAGAGAUGGUGCUCAGAAAUGAGAGCCUAGCAUUGACACGGAUCAUACCAAAUAGUGCAGCUUCCUAGGGAAGAAAGCUUUUUUAUUAAUCUGUGAGAUCACAUCUGUUAUAUACUUUGCUUAAAUGACAGUGAUUCUUAAAAUGGUGAUUGAAAAUAAUCCUUUUAGCAGUAAAACAUGUCUGGUAGACAUUUGUAUGUACUCCUUUUCUCUGUGUUUUCCCUCAAAAAUCAAAAUGUAUUAAAAAGAUUUCCUAAAAUGGCCCUCGGUGCAUGGCUUCCUCUCCUUCAUCCUCGGCAGCUGAGUGCUGGGACAUCUUGGGACCCAGGGGUCUUGCAAAGAUGGCUCACCUGGUGUCAGCAUCAAGGGCCAGCUCUCGGAGAACAGUGUCGGUGGCACAGGCUCCCCAAGCUGUCCUGGCCUCAGGCUGGCCUGGUGGCACAGGGCAGUCCUCCCCCCGCACCUCCUAGAAGCCUGCUCUGAGUGCCUUGGACUCUGCUGGGCUACCAUCACCCUGUCACUGGCUGCACUGCUGCCCAGUUUUAACAGGCGUCAGAACUACUGGGGCACUUGGUACAGACAGGUUCCCAGGGCCCACUCUCAGGCCUGCAGGGAUGACGCUCCCAGUGCAGAAGCGUGAGAACUGCUCACAGACCAGGUGGCAGGGCCUUAUCUGGACCCCGCAAGCCAGAGGUUUGGGGGCAGCACCCAACCCUGCAGCGGGAUCCCGGUGAGCCUAGGCACUCAGGUCAGUCGGAUGGCGGAGUUACCCCACACCACGCCUUUGCACACGCUGGAAGGUAGAGCCAUGAAGUAAGACAUCUUUUGGAUAUGGUUACUGUCCUCAGGGGCAGAUUCCUGAAGGGGGAUCAUAAUUAUGCAGCACUUGAUGUCAGUUUAAGCCCCCACUGCUGUCAGUUCCGACUCAGCGACCCUCUAGGACAGAGUAGAACUGCCCCAUAGGGUUUCCAAGGAGCAGCUGGUGGAUUUGAACUGCCGACCUCUUGGUUAGCAACCAAGCUUUAACCACUGCACCACCAGGGCUCCAAGGUCCGUUUAGGAGCAGUUAUUUGGAACUUCAGACUUGCAGAGAUUUGUUACCCUUGAUUUCCUGCUCACGUGGGAUGUAACCAGCAAAGCCAACAUCUGAGAGACGCUAAGGCAGCGCCAGGGCAAAAGUGAGCUUUCUCCUCCUUCCACACCUUGAGACCACUGGUCUUCCCUGAGCUUGAGCCCGCUGACUCCAUUCCUCUCUGGAGCCAUGAGUGAGCCAUCCAGGGCCCAGCUGGGCCUGAUCCCUGCCAGUAGAACACAUGUUCUUCCUUCUGAUUGUCUGAUUCUUCACAGUCCCACAAAAACCGCCCCCACCCCUGGAGCCAGCCUUUAGAAUUCUGUACCCCAUUUCUGCUUGCUUCCUCACAGCGCUUUCACCCAGGAGUUUCUAAGCCCGAACGAAGGGCAAGGGAGAAGAAAAGACGCCAGAGAUCUAAAACCACAAUGCAACAAAUUCUGUAGCCCAACCUAGAACCACUUAGAGAAGUCACUGAAGAGUUUAGCACACACUGAUUUCUUCCAUGCCAAUAACCAAAAGUACUUUUAAUGUGGCCACAUUGAAAUAAUACAGCCAAUCUCAGCUCCAAAUCACCAUUUAUCUUAUUUGCUUCUUAUAUUUGUAAGAUGCGUUUAGGGUUUUCUGCUGGUACACAGAUAUAGUCCCUAAGUCAUCCAUUUGUGGCAUUGUGCAGUUUGGGUAAUAACUGUGUCCUUCUGAGUGUCAGGAAAGUAUGUGUUUGCCAAACAUUUUUCUACCCCAGCUAUGCCUGGGAUAGGCAUGUUCUAAUGGGUAAGGUUUCAGUUCCCCCAUCCCAGGGAUAAAACCAGUUAAAAGUUGGGUUGAAAUUCUAAAUGGACUGUUUAGUUUUGUUAAUUAAAAAACCAAAAACAGCAGAAUAUAACAUCUUUCUUCCUCCUCCCCUUCAGACAUUCCAUCCCAAAACUGCCUGUUCACAAAAACCAUUUCUCUAUCAACCAAGUGGACAAAAAAGAGCAAGGAGAAACUCUUCUCAGAAACUAAGCGCUGUUUGUUCAGGAGAGAUACUGGGUUUAACCCAGGUCAACAGGUCAAAGGCAUUCUUUGAAAGCACAGGUCUCAAGUGACCAUAGUAGCUGCCUACCCUACCCCAAGUUCCAGAAGACGCAUCCAAAUCCAAGUCACCCUGAACCUCUGCAGAAAUGCACAGAGCUUCAUUAGAGACCCUUCCAGAAAGCUGGAACCCUGAUCCAUGCUGGUGGGCUGUAAAAUGGUGUAGCCACUGUGGAAAAGUUGGGCAAGUCCUCAGAGUUAAAUAUCACAUUACCAUGUGAUCCCAGCGAUUCCACUCCUAGGUAUAUAGUCAAAGGAAUUGAAAGCGGGGACUCAGAUGUACACCAAUGUUCACUGCAGCAUUAUUCACAACAGCUGAAAGGUGGAAACCACCCACAUGUGCAUCAAUUGAUGGAUAAACAAAAUGUGGUAUAUACAUACAGUAGAAUAUUAUUCAGCCAUAAAGCAAAAUGAAGUUCUGGUACAUGCUAUCACGUGGAUGAGCCUUGAAAAAAUACUAAGUCAGACACAAAAGGACAGAUACUGUAUGAUUCUACUUACGUGAAAUAUCUAGAAUUGGCAAAUGCGUAGAGACCAAAGUUUAUUAGCGGUUACUAGGGGCAAGAGGGAGGGGCAGACGGAGUUACUGCUUAAGGGCUAUAGAAUUUCUGGGGUGAUGGAACACUUUUGGAAAUGGAAAGUGGAGAUGGUUACACGAUAUGGUGAAUGUAAUGUCAGUUUUAUACUUAAAACGGCAAAUUUAUACACACAUACACACACACAGAUACGGAGCCCUGGUGGUGCAGUGGUUAAGGGCUCGGCUGCUAACCAAAAGGUGGGCAGGUUGAAUCCACUAGCUGCUCCUUGGUAACCCUAUGAGGCAGUUCUACUCUGUGCUAUAGGAUCGCUGAGUCAGAAUUGACUCAACGGCAACAGGUUGUUUUGGGUUUUAUAUAUUUAAACCCAUUGCCAUCGAGUCGAUUCUGACUCAUAGAGACCCUACAGGACAGAGUAGAACUGCCCCAUACAGUUUCCAAGGAGCGCCUGGUGGACUUGAACUGCCAACCUUUUGGUUAGCAACCGUAGCUCUUAACCACUAUGCCUGCAGGGUUUCCAUGUAUGUAUAUAUAUAAUCACAGUAUUAAAAAAAAAAAAAAAAAAAGGA